CUGGAGCCUGCAGGAGGUGGGGGUGAGGCUGAGCCUGGAUUAGCUGGGGCCGGGGGCAGGGAAGCUUCUAGAGCUGCAGGGUGGCCAGAGAAGUGGGUGCAGCCAGGCGCGGGCACCAUGCCGCUGCAGGACGACACCCUCCGAGAGGUGUGGGCCUCAGACAGCGGACACGAGGAGGAAGGCCGGAGCCCUGAGGUCCAGCAGCGCACCAAGCAGCGACAGAAGUUGAGGAAGAAAAAGCCAGAAGCCCCAGAGGCUCCCUGCCCCACGGGAUCCAAGCCCCGGAGACCUGGAGCCGGGCGGAAGGGGAAGCCGCGGGAGGAGCCCGCGCAGGGACCGGCUGAGGCCCGGGCAGCGCAAACAGUCUACACCAAGUUCCUCAGGGACCCCGAGGCCAAGAAGCGCGACCCCCGGGAGACCUUCUUGGUAGCCCGCGCCCCAGACGCCCCGGACACGGAGGACGGGGAUGAGGAGGAGGAAGAGGAUGACCUGGAAGAUGAAGACGAAGAGGAGGAAAAGAAAGAAAGAGUCCGCCUGCCUCCCAAGAAACCCCCCAAAGAGAAGGCUUCUACAGACAUCAAGGAGAGGAAGACCAAGGCCCAGGGUCCAAAGGGAGAUCUGGGAAGCCCUGGCCCCCCACUGAAACCUCUUCGAGUUAAGAAAAAGGAGGCUCCAGCGGGGGAAGGGACCAAGAUAAGAAAGAUGAAGAAGAAAGCAGGGUCCGGGGAGGCUGACAAGGACUGCUCCGUGAGCCCAGGCACAGUGAAGAAGACACCAGCAGCCAUGUUUCUGGUUCCCGGGGAGUGCCCAGCGGAGAAAGCUCUGAAGAAGAAGGGAACUCCCAAAGGCUCCGAAGAGGAGAAGAAGGAGGAAGGGGAGGAGGACAAUGAGGCGGCCGCUGCGAUGACCAAGAACAGCAAUCAGAAGGGCAAAGCCAAGGGAAAAGGCAAAAAGAAAGCGAAGGAGGACAGGGCCCCAUCCCCACCCGUGGAAGUGGACGAACCCCAGGAGUUCGUGCUUCGGCCUGCCCCCCAGGGCCGGACGGUCCGCUGCCGGCUGACCCGGGACAAGAAGGGCAUGGACCGGGGCCUGUAUCCCUCCUACUUCCUGCACCUGGACACCGAGAAGAAGGUGUUUCUCUUGGCCGGCAGGAAGCGGAAACGCAGCAAGACUGCCAACUACCUCAUCUCUAGCGAUCCCACCAAUCUGUCCCGAGGAGGGGAGAAUUUCAUUGGGAAGCUGAGGUCCAACCUCCUGGGAAACCGCUUUACCGUCUUUGACAAUGGGCAGAACCCGCACCGCGGCGGCAGCACGGACGUGGGGAGCCUUCGGCAGGAGCUGGCGGCCGUGAUCUACGAAACCAAUGUGCUGGGCUUCCGAGGUCCCCGGCGCAUGACAGUCAUCAUUCCUGGCAUGAAUUCCGACAACGAAAGGGUGCCCAUUCGGCCUCGCAACGCCAGCGACGGGCUGCUGGUGCGCUGGCAGAACAAGACACUGGAGAGCCUCAUCGAGCUGCACAACAAGCCCCCCAUCUGGAACGAAGACAGUGGCUCCUACACCCUCAACUUCCAAGGCCGAGUCACCCAGGCCUCAGUCAAGAACUUCCAGAUUGUCCACGCUGACGACCCCGACUACAUCGUGCUGCAGUUCGGCCGCGUGGCCGAGGACGCCUUCACCCUAGACUACCGGUAUCCGCUGUGCGCCCUGCAGGCGUUCGCCAUCGCCCUCUCCAGUUUCGACGGGAAGCUGGCCUGCGAGUGA